UUUAUAUUUUUUAAAAUCUAAAACACUCUUAAUAUGCAGCUCUCAGUAUACUCAAGGGUUGAACUAAUAAUAAUAAUAAAAAUAAAUCAUUUAUCUAUAAGAGGUCAUUAAACAAAACAAAUAAACAAACAUAGAUUUAGCUUAUUUAAAAAAACAAAAAAUUUUAUCAAAUGAUAAGUCAUUUAAGUGUUGCAGUAUUUAUUUGUACAUUAUAUACAAGAGAUUCAAAUUGCCAAUUAAUAGAUGAGAUAAGUUAUAAAAAUAAUAUGACUGGAAUACUUUCAGUGGCUUAUGUCACUGUGCCGACAGUAGAAGUUGCUCAAAAAUUGGCUCAUGGAAUAGUAAAAAGUAAAUUGGCAGCCUGUGUAAAUAUAAUACCCCAACUGACAUCAGUUUAUGAGUGGAAAAAUGAAAUUAAAGAAGAUAAGGAAUUAUUGCUGAUGAUAAAAACAAGAACAGAAACUGUUAAUGCUCUUACUGAGUACGUUAAAAAAAAUCAUCCGUACGAAGUAUGUGAAGUAAUAUCAUUACCUAUUCAAAAUGGAAAUCAGCAGUAUUUAGACUGGAUAAGUGACAUUGUUCCAGCAGCUUCAAGUCAACCAAAAAAAUAGAUAUGUCAGUCCUAGCAUCUGACAUAUUUCCUAAAAUUAAACUUUCUGUAUAUAACAUAUAAACAGUCCCAUGUGCAGUUUUAUGAAAGAGUAAAACAAUUGCACUAAACUGAUAAGCAAUCAAAAAGAAUUAUUGAAUAAAUUAUUGAAAUUAUUAAAAUACA